AUGUACUGUUUUUCAGGUCGCUAUGCAUUCCAGUUGUGGAAGCCUCUAGGACAGGUCCUGUCACAGACUGCUAAGAAGAUGCCCACCUCAGUAAGUAACCAACUAACUUAGCUAUGUGGUUCACAGGUCUAGGAGAGUACCACAAUCCUAACCUUAACAAUAAGGGGGAUGAAACAUAUAGGGUGGUUUUGAGCGACUUCUACCUACUGUUUGCUGUUUGUCUUUUAUUAGAACACAGCACUGAAGCUAUGCAUGAUCAGUGAUGACACCCACUGGUUUUGCAGAAAAUUCUCCCACCACCCUACACGUGCACACAUUGGCAAAACUGGGGGUUUCAUGUUUUGCCCCAUCAGUCACCAAGCACCACUGUUUCGUUGCGUGUUUGUGGUGAAGUGUUCAUCCCACUGUCUGUAGGUCGGGUAGUGGGUGGACUGGCUGUCUGUAGGGUGAUGUUUUUUGUUGUUGUCACAUACAAAAGAUAGGUGCAGUAAAAUGUUGUUUUACAGGGUCAGCCAUAGUAGUAUGGCGCUCCUGGAGCAAAAUAGAAUGAAGUGCCUUGCUCAAGGGCACAUCAACAGAUUUUAUUUCACCUUGUUAGCUCGGGUAUUCGAACCAGGGACCUUUCGGUUACUGGUCCAACACUAAACGCUAGGCUACCUGCGCCUGUGGGUGGACUGACUCACAGUAGACAUUCCCCUGCUGCACCUGAGUUUGUCUCCACAGGCCAGAGGUUCCAACAACAGGUUCCCAGACGAAUUAUGCACCCACUGCCCUCUCACCUCCUCUUGAACCGGUUUUGUGUGUCUGUGUACCCAAGUUCAGUUGGAGGGCACCUAGGUCAGCUGGGACAGGGAGGGGUCAGAAAGGGCAGACACACAGCUGCACUUCUUGAUGACCCACUUUGCGUGUGUGUGAGUGAAACAGUCAUUCCAUAUAGUGUGUUUGAGGCAGUGCGUGACGUGCGAUAGUUGAGUGAUCAGACCUCUCACACUGUGUCUGUGGGAGUCACUCCCAGCAUGUGUGAGACAAAGCAGUGUGUGAGCGAAGGGAGUUACUGAACCCUAACCAAACAACUACUCAUAUCUCUGACAGUUUUGAUCUCUGAUCUGUUGUACCAAAUAAUGCACUUCCACCUUUCAUACUAUAAACAUUUAAACUGAGGACAGAAGGAUACGUUUAUAAGCAGUCAGUAGGUGAGGUGACUGAUAAAUACAGGUGUGUUGUAUACUUUCAGUACUGACAUCUCUCCUCUCUCUCCAGGCCUUCUCAUCCUACCAUUAUAAAGGAGGGUUUGACCAGAAGAUGACUAAAAGAGAAGCCAGCCUCAUCCUUGGUAUUAGGUAAGACUGCUAAAAUCAUGCUUGUGUGUGUGUGCGUGCUACUCAUGCUUGCCUGUUUUGUGCAGGUGUGUGCAAAUGUUACCUGUUUUGUGCAGGUGUGUGUGUGUGUUCAAGCUAAGGAUGUGUGUGAUUUCUCUGGGUCUUUGAUGGGUUUAUAUUAGUCAUCUCUCUUCCUGGUUUAGUUCAAUUUCACACUGUCUAUCACAUUAGGGAGAGAACAGAACACCACUGACUAGUUUAGUGGUCAGAAGAACUGGAUGGGUUUUACUGCAACUUGUCAGUCUGUGGUGUAGCCACUAGAUGGUGCUGUAAUUCUGCUCUAAAUCUGUUUUGUAUAGCCCAACCAUCCCUCUCUAACCUCAAACCUUUAUCUGUCGCUUCCCCUGAAGCCCAACCAGCACCAAGUCCAAGGUGAGAGAUGCCCACCGGAGGAUCAUGGUCCUGAACCACCCAGAUAAAGGUCAGUUUAACCGCUGUAUUAAACCCAAGGUACUAGACAUGAGAAAUUACAGAUUAGAUAUUGCUUUUACGUGCUUAAUCUCUUAUUACUGGUUAUCAGCAUGAACAGCAGAGCACCUAUCUAUUUAACCACUUGUCCCUUUUCUCUUCUACUCAAGGUUAAUAGCCUCCCUCAGUCUCCCUCUGCUGAGAGGAUUACACACAGUCAUGCACCAAUACGCAUACACAGUAGCUAGUUUUACACACUCGUCCUCAAUGGGUUUUUCCCUCUCCUGAGAGGAGUACACACGGCGGUUAGUUUUACUCUGUGUGAAAUGGUCUGUGGGAUUCCUAUCUGACUCUGGGCGAUAAGGGCUGAGGUGACAGGAAGGAGGAGUUUCCAGCUGAACUGUACGAGGAUGGAGGAGUACUUUUCUGCAAAGUCUGUCAGCAUUCAAUCGACUACAUACAGUGUCAAACUGCGGUGGAGCACCUGAGGUCACUCCGACUCAAAAAUAGGAGGGCUAGUGGACCAGGUAAACAUUCUGAUGCUUUAGCUAGCUACAGACAUUAACUAGCUAGUAGGUUUGUUCUAGUUUGCUAAUAUCUGUUCUUGACAAUUAAAUUGUCUAUCUACAUAGUGGCAAGUUAGCUAUCUAACUUUAGCCUGGCAAGCUUCCCAUGUCGCUCCAUCACGUCAUUUAGGCUAGCUAGCUAACUUAGCAGAGGUAAUGUGUGCUAGCUAACAAGUUAGCCAAAGUGACAUGGUGGAGCUAUCAAAACAAGUAACAAGUUAGGAAUGACAAAAGAAGCAAGUCACCGACUUUUUUUAAAACUUUUUUUAGUCUUCGUGUGAGACAUACUGUCAGGUUUAUGGGCUGUGUGUUUUUGUCUGUGUGUUCCAGGCCUCUGUGUCAGGUUUGUGUGUGUGUCGCUUCAGGAGAGCGUGUGCUUAGCUUCAAAGCUUGAGAUCCACUGUAGGCCUGCUAUUGAACUCUUCUUUCUUAAUUUAACAAUUUUUUUUUUUUUUUUUUUGUCCAAACAAGAACACAGACCCUGGCCUCCUGUCUGACAAAGACCCCCUCCACAGAGAGAAAGGAGUUCAUCUUGGACUUCACAAGAACAUUAAUCAAAGCAGAUAUACUUGAGAUGGGGCCCAAGUUCUCCACAUUUCUGAAGAAACACUGCAAGCAGGGAGGGUCUUUCCCAGUGCCAUCCCAUCUGCGUACAGAGUACCUACCAGGCCUCUAUCCACAAUAUAAACAGGACAUCAAAGAUGCUGUAGAGGGAAAGGACAUUUAUGUCAUCCUUGAUGAGACGACCGAUGCCUUUGGAAGAUGUGCACUCGCCAUCCUACUCCAGCCAGUGGAUAAGCGACCUGUUGUAGCAGAUCUGGCUUUCUUGGAUAGAGUUAACUUUACCACUGUGUCCCAAGCUGUCAUUUCCAGUCUCAACAACAAUGGGGUUGACUUUAACAAUGUGUCAGCUUUUGUAAGCGAUUCAGCUAGCUACAUGAAGAAGGCUUUCACCAGCAUCUUGAAGGGCCUCUUCCCCAACUCCGUAUACGUCACCUGCUUUGCCCAUCUCCUGAGCCUGGUGCUGGAUGUUUUUCCAGAGAUGUUUGAGGACGUGAACAGGCUGUGUGCUCUGGUGAAGGUUCUUUCAGGCACCCCAACGUCGUCUGGCGCUGACAUCAUUCAUGCUGGAAAAUGGCCAUUCUACUGUGAUGCCUGUGUAUGCUGUGCAGACCAGGUGUGGCUCCUGGAUACGUGCUAUGGCGUACCUUGCAGAGUACAUGGAUGUGCUCACCAACUUCACUAGGACCUUACCAGAAACGGCGAAGUGUGUCCAGGACCUUUGUGAGCUGCUGAGGGAACUGAAGGCCCAGGCAUUGUUCAUUGUGGAGAUUUUCUUCAUUAUGUUUUUUAUUUCACCUUUAUUUAACCAGGUAAGCCAGUUGAGAACAAGUUCUCAUUUACAACUGCGACCUGGCCAAGAUAAAGCAAAGCAGUGCGAUAAAAAAACAACACAGAGUUACAUAUGGGGUAAACAAAACAAAGUCAAAAAUACAACAGAAAAUAUAUAUACAGUAUGUGCAAAUGUAGUCAAUUAUGGAGGUAAGGCAAUAAAUAGGCCAUAGUGCAAAAUAGUUACAAUUUCGUAUUAACACUGGAAUGAUAGAUGUGCAAAUAGAGAUACUGGGGUGCAAAUUAGCAAAAUAAAUAACAAUAUGGGGAUGAGGUAGUUGGAUGGGCUAAUUUCAGAAUAGCUGUGUGCAGGUGCAGUGAUCGGUAAGGUGCUCUGACAACUGACGCUUAAAGUUAGUGAGGGAGAUAAGAGUCUCCAGCUUCAGAGAUUUUUGCAGUUCGUUCCAGUCAUUGGCAGCAGAGAACUGGAAGGAAUGGCGGCCAAAGGAGGUGUUGGCUUUGGGGAUGACCAGUGAGAGAUACCUGCUGGAGCGCAGACUACGGGUGGGUGUUGCUAUGGUGACCAGUGAGCUAAGAUAAGACAGGGAUUUGCCUAGCAGUGAUUUGGCCAGCCAACAAGAGCGUACAGGUCAUGAUGGUGGGUAGUAUAUGGGGCUUUUGUGACAAAAUGGAUGGCACUGUGAUAGACUACAUCCAAUUUGCUGAGUAGAGUGUUGGAGGCUAUUUUGUAAAUGACAUCGCCGAAGUUAAGGAUCGGUAGGAUAGUCAGUUUUACGAGGGCAUGUUUGGCAGCAUGAGUGAAGGAGGCUUUGUUGCGAAAUAGGAAGCCGAUUCUAGAUCUAACUUUUGAUUUGGAGAUGCUUAAUGUGAGUCUGGAAGGAGAGUUUACAGUCUAACCAGACACCUAGGUAGUUGUCCACAUACUCUAGGUCAGACCCGCCGAGAGUAGUGAUUCUAGUCGGGUGGGCGGGUGCAAGCAGCGUUCGGUUGAAGAGCAUGCAUUUAGUUUUACUAGUGUUUUUAAGAGCAGUUGGAGGCUACGGAAGGAGUGUUGUAUGGCGUUUGGAGGUUUGUUAACACAGUGUCCAAUGAAUGAAUGCCAGAUGUAUACAAAAUGGUGUCGUCCACAUAGAAGUGGAUCCGAGUGUCACCAGCAGCAAGAGCGACAUCAUUGAUAUACACAGAGAAUAGAGUCGGCCCGAGAAUUGAACCCUGUGGCACCCCCAUAGAGACUGCCAGAGGUCCAGACAACAGGCCCUCCGAUUUUGACACAUUGAACUCUAUCUGAGAAGUAGUUGGUGAACCAGAUGGUGGCUAACCUGACAAAGCUGGAGGAGACCUCUGUGCCAGCAGCCCACAACAUCGCCAGCAAGCUGGAGGACCUGCAAAUACAGUUUGAGUAUGGCAGAACAGCUGGUGCUGACGACUGGCACCCUCAUACAACUGAGCUGCUGGGGCAGCUUCCAAAGGAAGACCAGCUCUCCUGGUCUUCCUGCACUGAGUUGUUCCAGUCUGCCAUGGCAGCAUGCUCAAUCAAGCUGCAGACUGUGCUGGACAAGCACCCCUGCCUUCACAUGUUCAAGUCAAUAACUGUUCUAGAUCCAGCCCAGGUGGUAGGCGCAAGAAAGGACACUAAGGACUAUGUCCAUGCCGUCCCUGCUCUGAGCCAGGUGUCUGCAGAGGAGUGGCACAGACACAUGGGCAUCGACAAGGCAGACUCUAUGGAA